AUGAGCGGCGCGGCGCGGGCGGGCCCGGCCCGGCUCGCCGCGCUGGCGCUGCUGACCUGCAGCCUGUGGCCGGCGCGGGCGGACAACGCGAGCCAGGAGUACUACACGGCGCUCAUCAACGUGACGGUGCAGGAGCCCGGCCGCGGCGCCCCGCUCACGUUCCGCAUAGACCGCGGGCGCUACGGGCUCGACUCGCCCAAGGCCGAGGUGCGCGGCCAGGUGCUGGCGCCGCUGCCCAUCCACGGAGUUGCUGAUCAUCUGGGCUGCGAUCCACAAACCCGGUUCUUUGUCCCUCCGAAUAUCAAACAGUGGAUUGCCUUGCUGCAGAGGGGAAAUUGCACAUUUAAAGAGAAAAUAUCACGGGCUGCUUUCCAUAAUGCAGUUGCUGUAGUCAUUUACAAUAAUAAAUCCAAAGAGGAGCCAGUCACCAUGACUCACCCAGGCACUGGAGAUAUUAUUGCCGUCAUGAUUACAGAAUUGAGGGGUAAGGAUAUUUUGAGUUAUCUGGAGAAAAACAUCUCUGUACAAAUGACAAUAGCUGUUGGAACUCGAAUGCCGCCAAAGAACUUCAGCCGUGGCUCUCUAGUCUUCGUGUCAAUAUCCUUUAUUGUUUUGAUGAUUAUUUCUUCAGCUUGGCUCAUAUUCUACUUCAUUCAGAAGCUCAGGUACACAAAUGCACGCGACAGGAAUCAGCGUCGUCUUGGAGAUGCAGCAAAGAAAGCCAUCAGCAAAUUGACAACUAGAACAGUUAAAAAGGGCGAUAAGGAAACAGACCCAGACUUCGAUCACUGUGCAGUCUGCAUAGAGAGCUAUAAGCAGAAUGAUGUUGUCCGGAUUCUUCCCUGCAAGCAUGUUUUUCACAAAUCCUGCGUGGAUCCCUGGCUUAGUGAACAUUGUACCUGUCCUAUGUGCAAACUUAAUAUUUUGAAGGCCCUGGGAAUUGUGCCAAAUUUGCCAUGUACUGAUAAUGUAGCAUUUGACAUGGAAAGACUCACCAGAACCCAAGCAGUUAACCGAAGAUCAGCCCUAGGUGACCUCACCAACGACAAUUCUCUUGGCCUCGAGCCCCUUCGAACUUCGGGGAUAUCACCUCUUCCUCAGGAUGGGGAACUCACCCCUAGAACAGGAGAGAUCAACAUCGCCGUAACAAGUGGUCACUUCUUCCAUCGAAACUCUUUGUCCCCUCGAAGUCUGGUAUAUGAAAGUGAAUUCUCUACCAUCGAACCUUCUUUGGACAUGUAUGAUGAGAACAAAACCUGAUUUUUUUUAAUGGGCUGUUGGAGCUCACUUCCUUUGUGAUUUGAUUUAUGAUCACCUUUCUUAUUUUGUAUUCUGUCAGCAUUCGUUUUUGGAAGAAUGGCAGCGCUUUCCAAGAACAGGUUGGGAUUCGGGGUUAAAUUGCAAAGUUCCUCCAAGACAAGGCUUUGAGGACAGUGGUGUUGUUGCCCAGGUAUCCUUGUGGCAAUGGAAAUUGCCUGAAGCUGGCCACUGAAUGUGGACUCCCAACAAGCCUGACACUUCCAGAAAAGAUGGAGGGCCCAGGGGCACCGGUAGCAUUGCAGGUGUGCCUCUGAGUAACCACAUGCUAGUCUGCAUCGGGUGGCACUGGUUUCUAAGACACCCUGUGUGCUCCCCACUUAGCUUGCAUACUGCCACCUGCAGGCACUGCUGCACUUGCUCUGUGUGGCCCACUCUGGUUUCCCUGUCUCUUACUCUACUUUCUGUUAAAGCCCUCUUUCUAAAGAUUCCUGAGAGAAAGUCUCAACAUUUUUCCCUCUUCUGAGACUGAUCACGCAGCACACCUGGAAGGGGAUGCAGACUGGGCAGGACAGGCACUUGUCCUCUUGUCACUUUCCAGCCUCCCUUAGUGAGCAUGAUGUAAGGUGACUGUUGUUUAUGUGACCACUGAAAUGCUGAAGGCUCUGUCCCCCAGGCCUGUGGAUUUGUCUUCUUGGCAACUGCUGAGAGGUUGGGGGAAGGGGCAGCAUCUUCGAGGCCAGUCUGGCUGUCCCCUCUGGGCACACAGACCUGGGGUGAUGGCCAGCAUGCUUCAAAAUCAGAACGAUUCUGCAUGCCUUCUUGAGAAGAUGGAACCAUCUCCUUGCUGCCAGAUACCAGAUAAGCACCCCUGUUUUGUCUUCAGUCAUCCAACCUCAUCCUUUUCCAUCAGCCUCAGCAUCAGCAUGAAGAGGCAUGAAGCUUACAGAAAAAGAGAUGGUGGCCAGUGUAGUAGACAUCAGUGACACACAUGCUCUUCCCAUAAAUCUAGGAUGUCACCAAGUUAACAUCACCAACCAGAACCAAAAUGAGCAAAUUUAUAAAACAAAUGGAUACAUCCUGUUGCUCCGGGACACAACUUCAGUCGGCCUGCUCCGACUGACUGAGAAUGAGCCUCAUGGAGGAGUCGAUGCACUGAGAUGCUUGUGUGAAAAUGGAAACGAGUCUCUACAUCUAAACUCUACGUCUAGAGUGCAGUCCGCAGCAGUCCACGCACACACGUGACUCCCCCACCCUGUGGUUUCUCUUGACUCUCCAGCAGAAGUCUGAAGUGAGCGCUGCCAUUUUUCCAAGUCUGCCUGGCUUCUCACAGCGUCUCCUCAUGUAACAUGUUGCAAAGAUGCCUCAGAUGCAGCUGUGCCCAAACAAAACCCUCCGAGAACCAGGGUGAUGACAGCUUUAGGAACAUUGCCUCAGAGUGACCAGCAACCUUUCAUUUUUAAUUAUUUGAGGCUGGAACAGUGCAGGUUUUUAAGGUCUUAGCAGUUUUUUCUUUUUACUUUUAACCAAGGGCUUUUGUUUUUUUCUUUCCUUUUUUAUAGUCUUUGUACUAUAAAAAUAUUUUUGAUAAAUAGUUUCAGAAGAGCACUGUUUAGAAAGAUGAGUUCACCCCACAGGCUUUAUGGUGACAGAAAGCGUCACGCCGAGGUCACCAGCAGCGCCAGAGGUUUCCACACGUGCGUGCAAUUCUAUUUGGUCCGGUUCGUCUGACCAGCUGCAGCCCGGCUCUGACCAUGAUGGCUGCACCGUGACCUUGCUUUAGUGAAGCACAACUCGGAGCCCACCACAGUGUUUUUGAUGUGCGCAGUCUUAGAAAAGACUUUAUACGUUUAUAGAACAUUCUGGUAUACGCAUUAACUUUCACCUAAGAUAGCCCUUUACUAAGAAGGAAUGAACAUACUUGACAAGAAAUUUUAAAAAUCCAGACCUCUAAGAAGCUAAUAUAUUAAUAUGAUUUUGUAAUUUCUGGUAAAUCUAGGGCACACAUUCACUGUCAAGUAACCAAGGAGGCAUUUUUACAAGGGAAUUCACACAGUGCUUCAGUGAGUGCUUGAUACCCUUUUCCCAAGAAUUGGGGCCACUUUCCUGUUUGACCACAGAAUGUCCUGCAUUUGUCAGGAGAGCCACUCACUCCUCUGUGAAGGUCAUGUACUUCAGGAAUAGCAAGGGUGGUAUGAUUUGUUCCAAAUAACCGCCUCUUUUUGGGCAGCUAUGCUGAGCAGAAAGCCUCUGCCCAGCCACCCCCAGAAACCCUGGUGGGGGUAAAGUGGGGAGCCAGUGCUCAUUACCAUGCACCCCUACUUCUGAGAAGCUGGAGGUUGGGAGCAGCGAUUAUUGGCCAUACAGACAUGGUUGGGAUGCAGAGGGGUACUCUUUCUUGAGUGUCUGAGUACCCCAGUUGUUGCACAUCUUGCAGCGGUUGUUAACCAGGAGAUGUAUGAUAAUCUUUAGUUGUUUUCAUGGAAGGCGGAGGCCUUUUUGAAGAAUGGAAGGGGCAAAGGAGUAAGCUACUUACACAAAAGCCCUUCCAGUGGGCUGCUCUGAACUGGGUCUGGCUUCAGCUUCUCCCAGCAGCACACACUGUAGGAAAAGGAUGCACAUGGAAAAGGGCCUGCAGCAGCCAGGGCCAUCAGCUGACUGCCUGAGAGUUGAGUCAUGACAGUUAAAAAUGUAAAUACUUACCAUUGGUGAUUUUUAACUUCCUAAGGGAAGAGCUGCCCAUAACCUUUUCCCGUUAUUUCAGGGAGGGAGAGGAGGCCGCUGGCCAGAAAAUAGCCAAGCCAUCUGCAGAGAUCAGACUUACAGCCACUCAUUCCUGGUGGCAGUGGUGUUGCUGGGCAGUGUCCACAAUUGCCUGCCUCUGCAGCCUCAGGGGAAGGCAAGCUCUACCACCAGGUGGUUGGUGGUUUAAAACACCUUGUAAAGUCUAAGUGAGCCCUGCUUUUGAAGAAAGCUUCCAUCUCCUGGCCCCUUCUCAGUUGUGACUCAGAGCGAUGUCCAGAUGGCACUACCUUGAAUGCCAGUUUGGACCCAGGGCCAAGCCUGCAUGUGGCAGCUGCCCCAAUGCACACAACAGCCCAGCUUCCAGAAGAUUCUGGAAAAGAUUUAAACAAAAUAAGGUCACUAUAUUUAACUAACUUUGUUUCCUAUGGGCUUUAUAAGCUCUUCUCCUACUUUAAACCCUCACACCAAGCUUAUUCCUUUAGAUACAUGUUAAAUGAAAUUGGUUUUAACUGAAGAAAAAUCAAAAUGUGGUCUGGUUACAAAAAUCUAAAUAAAGGUCUGUUAGCCUUUAUUUAGGUAGCAGUUUCGCUAGAAGAAAACAAGCAGGUGAUAUUAAUCUCAGGUCACCUUGACAGAUGCUAGCUAUUCAUACAUGCCAUUAGACAAAAACACUGCUUGGGAAAUAAAAUUUAAAAGGAAAUAAGAAGGAUCCUAAGGCCAACUUUGUCAACAAACCUUUAAAUUGUCACUGUGUGCCAAGCACAUUAUCCUGGGAGUUCAGGUGAAUCCAGGGAUGGUUAGGAUUUGGGCUGUUAGAGAAAACUGGUGCAUUAACAACCAGCUGGGACUUGAGACCAACAAGAUGAGGGUAAGUGGUGUAGAGAAGGAUUUUCUAGGGACAAAUGGACAGGCACAGUGUGGCCGUGACCUCAGGUUGCUGAGAAGGUAACACAUUCAGUGAAGACAACCUAAGAGGAAAGUGAGACUGGCAAGGGCCCGGAUUCCUGGGUGGGAAAGCUUCACUGUGGCCCCCAGAUCUCUGUUUGGCAAGAGAAUGAGCUGGGGUAGGGAUGGUCGGGAAAGAUACCACAGUACCUGGUAUGGGGCCUGCCUUAGGAGCCGGGGCAGAGGACAGGGCUUCAUGCUAUGAUUGAGGCCUGACAGUAGAAAUGAGAGAGCCACAAGAUUGAAGCAGAAGCCCAAGCUGCUCAUCUUUGUGACUGGGUGGGAGUUAGUAGGACCCAGAAGAGCCUUGUGGGGAUACUCAAGGUCUGGGGCUGGCAGGGCCUCUGGUUUGAGGCAGAGAUGUAGCUGUGGAUCUGAGCAGAGGUUUGAUGAAUGAAGGGGUCUGGUAUGACCUCUCUGUGCAUCAGAACUCCUGGAAAGUUGGGGCUUAACUGUGCAUGCUACCUAGACCUCCCCAUAGGAUCACAGUCUUCACAGGAUCACAGGACCCUGUGCCACAAAUCUUCUGCCUAUCCUCUCCCUGAUCCCCUACACAACACACACAGGCAAGUACUAUAGGCAUGUGUAUUCUCCCCCACAUACACUCACUAUACUUAGAAUCUCCCCCAAGUGGGUGUCCAGCCAGAAUUUCUUUAGUUCAGAUGAUGGCAGAAGCCAGAGUGGGGCUGAACUUGCCUAGUGCUGUGGGAAACAGGCUUGGGAGAAAGCCCUAGAAACUUAAUGUUUGGACAUAAGGAGCAACCAAUUCAGAAAAACCACUAAUGUACUUUUGCUUUUGGAGGAAGCUGGCGCCACCUCUCUGCCACGCCAGAGACUGACUGGCUGGCCUUCACUCACACCAGGAAAUAGAGUGGGGUGAUUGAGCUCAGCUCAGCGUUCACUCCUAGCUCCCUGAGAAAGGAGUCGUUAUCAAGGGAUGACCCUUGUGACACCCUCUCCUUAAAGGAAGUGUGUUCCCUCUUAAGGGCAGUUUUUACAAGGGAUAUCUGGUUUUGCCUUUUCUUUUGGCCUUGUUGGUAAAUUGUUCCAAAGCCCAUAGGGAAAAGGAUGAAUGUUGAGUAUACAUAUUCAUAUAACAUCCAUGGUUAUGGUUAAGA